AUGGCAAAAAAACACAAGAGGUCUCUUCUGGUGGUUCCAAUCAACUCCAUUAAUAAAAUGGACCCUAAUCAAUGGAAUGCUCUUAAGGUGCCUUCUACAGAUCUAGUGGGUGUUAUGGAACUAAUAACAGAGAAAUAUCUUGUUGUUUUAUCUAUUUCCUACGGGAAAUGGGCAGCUUUUGAUGGGGUUGCAAAGUCCAAUUCUGAAGAUCACUAUGACAUUCUAGCAACAAGGGUUGAACGUGUUGGCUAUAUUAAAAUGGAUGUUAUAGGGCUAGCUUUUCUUUAA